CCCUUCCCCAUUUGCUAUUCCCAAGCUGUCUUUUUCUAGUUACCAAGAUGUCCAUCUGCUGUUUGGCUCUGAAGAUCGAGUUAACUUGUUUAGUCUUAUCAUCAAAAGUAUAAUCACUCUGCCCUCUGAAAAGACCCUUACCCAGCUGCAGGAAAUCAAACCAAGUGGGUCCUGCAAAUCAGAGUGUCUCUACAGGCAGACGUUUCAGGUCUUCUCUGAGAUGCUCCAGAGUUUGGUGGUAAAAGACCCACAUUUGGAAAAUUUUGACAUCAUUUUGAAGCACAUGGACCCAUGGUUACAAUCAAUUAAAGGCCAUGAGCGGGAAAGAGCCGCAGCCAGCAUUGCUCAAGUUCUAAAGUGCUUAUGCAUGCAUCUCAACUUGAAGCUUCCACUGCGAUUCCAAAGACUUGGACACCUAGUGGCUCUAAUGGUUCUACUGUGUGGAGACCCACUGAAAGAGGUGGCUGAGGAGGCUGCAGAGAGCACGUACUACCUGCUGCACAUCACCUUGCGGCUGAAGUAUAUCACUGAGGACAAGAAAAAUCGCCCAAUCUUGAGAGGAGCAAUGAAAAACUGUCAAGAACUCCUAGAAUUCUACAGUAUUAAACAAUUCUACGCGUGUCCCUUCAAAAUUGCCAAGAUCUUCGAAGUUUUACUCGAUUCAAAUGAGCUCUGCCAGUUUGUAGUGACUAUAUUGGAUGGCCUAAAAAAUCUGGAACAUUCCUGUACCCAGCAAUUAGCCGGAGAAUUGCUGAUGUCAUUGGUAGAAAAUGUGGAGUUCCGAUUUGAGGAGGUACCAGAGAUUGUGGGAGUUAUCUGUGCCCAGCUAUCCAUGAUCAGCCAGCCUAGUGUCCGCCAACAAGUCAUAACUAUCGUGAGUUUGCUUAUCUCCAGGCCCAAGUACACAGAUACAGUGAUCAGCUACCUUCUGUAUCAUCCAGUACCAUAUGACAGAAAUCUGGCUGAGAUGUGGAGAACUCUGAAGGUGGAGGUGCCCAGCACAACUGGGAUCCUGUCGAGGCUCCUGAGGAAGCUGCAGACAUGCCAUAAUGAGCCCACCCAGGAGAAGAUGGCCUAUGUGGCUGUUGCUGCAACAGAUGCCCUUUAUGAGGUGUUUAUGGGAAACAAGCUCCAAGAAGCUAUGUUCCAACUCUUUCCUCAGCUUCUCAUGACACUGCUCAUCCAGAUUCACCACAGCAUCGACCUCACCAUGUCUGAAGUCGCCAUCCCACCUGGCCUGUACAAAGAACAAGAAAUGUCUUCAAAGGUUACUCCUUUGUGCUUUGCCAUACAGGCUACAAAGACUCUCCUCCUCAGAACAUUGUGCUUUCAGGAAUUCAACAUCAUGGAAAAGAAUGAAGGAUGGGCCCUCCUGGCAGGAAAAGAUUGCCACCUUCAGGGAGUAUCUCUCCUUGCCAAUGCAUUGCUGGAAAGAAAUCACGUCCUUGCACAUAAGAUCUUGUACUUGUUAGUCCCUCUUCUUAACCGAGGGAAUGCUAAACAUAAACUCACAUCUGCAGGCUUUUUUGUGGAGCUUCUCCAGAGUCCAGUGGCUAGGAGACUGCCCAGCAUAUACUCUAUUGCCCGCUUGAAAGACUGGCUACAUCAUGGAAAUAAUAUCUUUAAAAUUCUCGCCCUGACGGGACUGUACUACAUUAUCAGACACCAGAAGAUGAGGGAAGACAUCCAGAGCCUGUUGCCAUGCAUCUUAGACCUGUUGUGUGAAUCUGAUGAGAAGAUUGUUUUGUUGGCCAUCCAGAUACUCCUGCUUCUCGUUAGAACAAUGGAUUUCUCUACCCUGGCUGCUAUGAUGAGGAAAAUGUUCUCCUUAUUUGGUGAUGUGAGACCUAAUGUUCAUUGUUUCUCCAUGACCCUCUUUGGAGCCUCUGUAAAGUCUGUGAAAUAUGCAGAUAAGAAAGGUGUAGAGAACCAAGUCCUGGACAGCUUGCUCCCACUACUUCUGUAUUCUCAAGAUGAAAAUGAUGCAGAAGCUGAGGGAAAAAAAUGCCAGGAGAAAGUUAACAUCCUAGCCCAAGCAUUGACGUUCUUCAAGAAUGCAAAACUUCCUAUCAGAAGAGCAGCAGUCUUGUUUGUCGGGAUCUUUUCAAAGUACUUGGAUCGCAAUGAGCUUAAAACGAAGGGUACUAAAUGGAUAGAGGAUGAUCUGAGACACCUGCUGUGUGACCCUGAGCCCUCUAUGCACAUCGUCGUUUCUCAAGCCUUAUUCCAAAUCCAGAAGGUGGGGGCUGAACCAGAACCUGAGCAGACUGUAUGUGGAUUGAGGAAGCUCAUGUGUUGUCUUCCAACCUAGAAAUGCAAGGCAGGCAACAUCAGAUGGAGAAGCUGAGAAACAGAACAUGAAAGGUAUUUGCACAAGCUUAUACAACCUAGUAAAUGCUAAACUCAAGUAGUCUGGCUCCAAAGCCCACAUCUUUGAUUGGUCUGCUCUGUUCCUCUACAAUCUGAUUUUACCCUCUAAUGUGAAUAAAAGUACAUUUAUUCUACAAUUAAUCUCAGUUGCUGGAC